AUGGGCAUGUGUCGUCUUCCUAUAAAACCCAGCAGUCCAUCUUCCGCCUUCAUAACCCUCACUCCUCCAUCUAUUGUUACUCUUCUCCACAAACAUGUCUCUGUGGGCACCCAAGUUGGCGCAACCGCUUUGUUUCAACACUUUUCUUGUUUCCUCAAACAAUGUUGGUGUCAACCAUGUCCCUCAGACUUCUCGCCGCACCGUCGACCCGCUGUCGUCAUGGAGAUCAACAUCAAAUAUCCAACCCCCAAACUGGCACAGCAUGUCACGAAAGAGGAAGGCUUGGAGCUAUACGAAGACAUGGUAUUAGGCAGGGCCUUUGAAGGCAUGUGCAGCCAGAUGUACGAUAAAGGCAAAGCGGGUGGUUUUGUUCACUUGUCUAUUGGUGAAGAAGCUGUGUCAACAGGAUUCAUCAAGCUUCUUAAGAAACAAGACAACGUAAUAAGCACCUACCGUGACCACGUUCAUGCACUAAGCAAAGGAAUACCACCUCGAGGCAUCAUGAGCGAACUCUUCGGAAAAGUCACCGGAUGCUGCCGAGGUCAAGGUGGUUCCAUGCAUCUAUUCUCAAAAGAACACAAUAUGAUUGGUGGGUUUGGAUUCAUCGGUGAAGGGAUUCCAGUAGCUUGUGGGGCUGCAUUUUCCAGUAAGUACAGAAAGGAGGUAUUGAAAGAGGCAGAUUCUGAUGAUGAUAAUAAUGUCACCUUGGCCUUUUUUGGAGAUGGGACUUGUAACAAUGGUCAGUUCUUUGAAUGCCUAAACAUUGCGGCUCUGUGGAAACUCCCUCUCGUGUUCGUGGUGGAGAACAAUUUGUGGGCUCGCAAUACGUCAUAUCUCAGGACAACCUCAGAUCCUGAGAUAUGGAAGAAAGGGCCAUCUUUCGGAAUGCCAGGUGUUCAUGUGGAUGGAAUGGACGUUCUGAAGGUCAGGGAGGCGGCUAAGGAGGCGAUUCAAAGAGCUAGAAGAGGGAAGGGACCCAGUUUAGUGGAAUGCGAGACCUAUAGAUUUAGAGAGCAUUCAUUGGUGGAUCCUGAAGACAUUCGUGACCCUGCUGAGAAGGCACGCUAUGCUAGAAGGGAUCCUAUAGGCGCGUUGAAGAAACAUAUGAUUGAGAACAAGUUGGCGAGUGAGGAUGAGUUGAAGAGCAUAAAGAAGAAGGUUGAUGAGGUGAUUGAAGACUCGGUUAAGUUUGCUGAUGAGAGCCCUGUUCCUCCACGAAGGCAGCUUCUGGAGAAUGUGUAUGCUUGCUGAUCCUAAAGGUUUGGGAAUUGGAGUAAAUGGACGGUACAGAUACGAGGACCCAAUCUUCAGUGAAGGCACCGCUCUUGCUUAGUUUAUUCAUUUCAAGUUUGGAACAUUCACAAAUGUUCUUCUACUAGACAUGCAUUUGUAUUCUCACUCUUCCUCAGUAAACGUCCAAAUAAUAAGGUCGUCAUCUAUAUCUGGGGCAAGGAUUAGCUUCUUAAUGUUUUGAAACUUGGAAAGUGU